CUGACAAACGUUACCUACCAAGAGAUGGCUGAGAAGAUGGGGGAACUUGGCUUCGAGAACACAUCGCAUGACCACGUCUUGGGUGCCGAAGAGGCAGGUCUGAUCGCUAUGGAGUACAACUUUGAUCCUACCCUGGGUGCCCAGGAUAAAGCCGAGGCCGAAGAGCGUGAUCUGAAGCCUCUGCCUGAACCGGAAGCUGAGGACAAGGAGUUCUUGCCCGUUCGCCCUCCUGUUGUCGCAAUCAUGGGGCACGUCGAUCACGGAAAGACCACCAUUCUGGAUUAUCUUCGCAAAUCAUCUAUCGCUGCUACCGAGCACGGAGGUAUCACACAGCACAUUGGUGCCUUCAGCGUUGCUCUUUCAAGCGGCAAGACCAUCACUUUCCUCGACACACCCGGUCACGCGGCUUUCUUGGAGAUGCGGAAGCGUGGUGCAACUGUGACUGACAUCAUCAUUCUGGUCGUUGCAGCUGACGACUCGGUGAAGCCGCAGACUAUUGAAGCUAUCAAGCACGCUCAAUCUGCAAACGUGCCCAUCAUCGUCGCUGUCAACAAGAUCGACAAAGAGGAAGCCAACGUCGACCGCGUCAAGCAAGAUCUCGCUCGCCAUGGAGUUGAGAUCGAAGACUUUGGCGGCGAGACUCAGGUCGUGCCCGUAAGUGGCAAGACUGGCCAAGGUAUCGACGAGCUCGAAGACGCCGCAGUCACGCUUUCCGAAAUCUUGGACCACCGCGCCGAUACCGAGGGUCAAGUUGAAGGCUGGGUUCUCGAAGCCACGACCAAGAAGGCAGGCCGUGUAGCUACUGUGCUCGUCCGUCGUGGUACCAUCAAACCAGGUACCAUCAUCGUAGCAGGUAAGACAUGGGCUCGUGUCCGCAGUCUUCGCAACGAAGCCGGUGUCACCCAAAUGUCCGCAGGCCCUGGUACGCCUGUCGAAGUCGACGGCUGGCGCGACCAACCUUCUGCUGGUGAUGAAGUCCUCCAAGCACCCAACGAGCAGAAAGCUGCCGAUGUUGUUGCCUUCCGUGACGAAUUGGAAGAACGCAUUCGCAUGGCUGAAGAUAUGGAAAAGAUCAACACCCAGCGCCGUGAGCAACAGGUCCAGCGUGAUGCGACCAAGGAAGCCGCCGCCGCCGAAAAAGCAGCCAGAGCCCAAGGCACUGAAACUGUGCCAUUUAUCAUCAAGGCCGAUGUCAGUGGCAGUGUUGAAGCCGUCUCUGCUUACCUACUCCAAAUGACCAACCCUCUGUGCUCGCCAACUUUGCUUCGUGCCUCAGUCGGUCCUGUCACCGAGUUCGAUAUCGAGCAUGCUGACGCAGCCGGCGGGCACAUCAUCUCCUUCAAUCUACCCAACGAUCCCGACUCAGCCGGUCGUGCUGAACGCAAGGGCAUCAAAAUUCUGGAGCAGAACGUCAUCUACCGCAUUGUCGACGAUGUACGCGCCGUACUCGAGGAGAAACUACCAUCGCAGAAGAUCCAAAAGGUCACCGGUGAAGCCGAAGUGGCCAUGAGCUUCGAAAUCGGUGUUGGCGGACGCAAGAAGAUGAAGAUUGCAGGCUUGAAGGUCAGAAACGGUGUUGUGGCCCGAGGCUCUAGAGUCAGAGUCACGAGAGGAGAGGAGAGAGUUUAUGAUGGCAUCGUGACCAGUCUCAAGAACGUCAAAAAGGAUGUUCAGGAGAUGCGCAGGGGUACCGAGUGUGGUAUGGGAUUCGAAGGCUGGGAAGGCUUCGAGACUGGAGACAUGAUCCAGACUUUUGAGGAGAAGACUCAGAAGCGCACGCUGCCGAUUUAGAGGAAGAAUUAUAGUGUAAGAGUAUAUUUGGGAGUUGAGCAUAUCUGUGCAUAUGAAGGUCUGUAAAGUAGAAGCAUGGCAUGCACAGCGGCGUUAACAUAGAUGUAAGGGCACAUGAAUUGCACAAGAACCGAGCUCUCAGCCUAGCAAAGGCUCCUUGCAACAUAGCAGUCAAAAGGCACAAUGAUUUUCGGAUUUUAAUGCAGGUCCGAAGAAAUCGAGGGGCAGUAUCGCUCUCAAUGGACAUGUACCUUGAUUAUCAAAAGCAUCUUGCCUUUUUACAGCCAAGGUUGCAAGGCCUUAUAGGCGAGAGGGAGUUUGGUGCUGGGUCAAUUUCUUUGCGGCUACGUCUACGUUAUUUUUUGUUUUCAUGUAGCAUUACCUCGACUCUUGACUUUAGUGUAUAUAGAUCCUCCCCGUGUGCUAAAACCUGUC